AUGCCUACCGUACCUGGAAUGCCAACGGGCCCGGAGGAUCCCAGCCAUCCCGGCGAGAGUCCCCCUACGAUAUCCAUUGUCAUGUGUAUAAUCAUCUCCAUCCUCAUCCUGAUAGCCAUAUUCGUGGCUAGACGAAGCUCUCACAGGACCGAAUCCCAUGAAGACUCACACCGAAGACUGAAGAAAGGGUCCGGAGGAAUUGGGGUCAACGCUCUCCGCUUGUUGCCACUCGUCAAGUACAACCCAGACGUGAUGGGUCCGGAUUUUCACCAUGAUGGAAACACAAGUCCAACGGGAUUGAGUUUGCUGCGCGGCAUGGACAUGGCAGUCAGCGAUACUGACGGGGGAGAUAAACCAUCUCGAAAGGCAUGGCGCGACUUCUACCCCCAGAUACGACACGCACUCUUGGGCAAGCAUAGGGGGCCACAGCCUUGCCCAGAAGACGCCGACACCACAUCUCUGAUACAGACUUGUGUCAUCUGUACCGAUGACUUUAUCCGUGGCACGAACGUGAGGAGGCUUCCUUGCGGACACUUCUUCCAUCCGCCCUGUAUCGAUCCAUGGCUUUUGAACUUUGGGGUAACAUGCCCCCUAUGUCGGACAAAUCUCAAAAUGUUGGCGAAUGCAAACAACCAGAAUGAAGGCUGUGUAGCUGAACCACCGCGAGCAAUGUUAGCAGGAGCUGGACGGAUAGAGGAAUAG